AUGUCUAACAUUGUACACAUGGCCACAGUAGUGCGGCUAGUGCGCCAACAUUCGUUAUGGCAAGUAAAAGAAAAGCACUGUGUGUUGAUCAAAAACCCAUCUACUGUCGCUACAAUCUGGAAGAAUAAGGAUAAAAUAUUGCAUGCCGAAACAGAAGGAAGUUCUUGUAAAAAAAUAAGGAAACCGAAAUUUGAAGACUUGGACCAGGCCAUGUUAACGUGGUUCCAUAAACAACGUUGUAAUAAUGUCCUUAUAUCUGGGCCUGUUUUGAAAACUAAAGCUGAACAUUUUGCUCUACAACUUGGUAUUAUAGAUUUCAAGGCCUCGGAAGGAUGGCUUGGGAAAUUUAAACAACGUCACAAUAUUACCUAUGGGAAAAUAAGCGGAGAAGCACUAAAUGUCGACUUGAAUGUUACUAACAGCUGGUUAAUUAAUGUGUGGCCAAAAUUGAAUGAAAAGUACACUCCGGAUAAUAUUUUUAAUGCUGAUGAGACAGGUAUUUUUUACAAAAUGACACCAGAUAAAGCAUUAAAUUUCAAAGGGGAAAAAAGCGUGGGAGGUAAACUUUCUAAAGAACGUAUCACUGCGUUUGUAGCAGCCAAUAUGAGUGGCACUGAAAAAAGAAAGAUUACGGUAAUAGGCAAAUCAAAAAACCCGCGAUGUUUUAAAAAUAUAAAACGGUUGCCAGUCACGGUUGCAAAUAAGUCAGCGUGGAUGACAUCAAUACUUUUUGAAGAAGAAAUAAGAAAAUGGGAUGCAGAAUUAAAGGGGCGAAAAGUUUUGUUACUCGUGAACAUACAAAACUAUGUAGAAAUGGACGAGAAUCUAGUUACAACAAUAUCGUUAACUGAUGAAGAAAUCCUAAAUGCAGUGACAAAAGGCGAGGAGGAGCAAAAGGAAGAUGAAGAUGAGGAAGCACAACCUGACGAAGUCGUAAUACCAAGUAUUCAACAAGCACUUGAUGCGGCUAAAUUAUUAGAAAAGUACUUGUUUCAUGAAGAUGAUCCAAAUGAACAGGUAAUGGAAGCUACUGUAUGUCUGUACGUUAUGUCAAAGGUUUUUGCUCAAGAUAAAAUGCAGUAA